AUGAAGGCGGGCAAGCAUGUUCUGAUACACAUCCCUCGUGGAGCGGCUGCUGACAGUGCCCUGCUUCGCGUGCAGGCCGAUGCGCGCCGCUUGGGUGGACAAUGCGCGGACAUGUACUUCCAAGAGCUCAACGUUACCGGGUCUUGGGCAGAGGCCAAGAAAGCCGGAGGGUACCACUACAGCGUAUCGCAGCAUGAUGCCAAGACUCCGGAGUGGAUUGCCUUCGGCAAGGUCGAGCUUAAAGUCGUUCAUGGACGUACGGACAGCGACCUCCUCUACUUGAACUUAUACGUGAAGCUUUUGGGGCGAGCGGGCUUUGCAGUCGGAGGUCUACUCGGAGAAGAUGACCACGAGGACGUGACCACCGCUCCUGACGCCUGCUCUCAGCGCUUAGCCCUUGUAGCAGGAACGCACCGCGACGGUGGCCCAGAGGUGGCUUCGGUCGCCGUAGCAGGCCUCGCUUGA